AUUCGUGUUAUGAUCGAAAUUCAAACUGUAGAAUUUGGGCGCAAAGCGGAGAAUGUCACAGAAACGCAGCGUACAUGCUGGUGAACUGUAAGAAGAGUUGUAACACAUGCGGCCAAACAACCUCUUGCGCUAAUUCAAACUACCAAUGUCCAAGCUGGGCUUAUCGAGGUUACUGCACAUCAAACCCUACGUUCAUGUACAAAAACUGCAAGAAAAGCUGCAAUAUGUGUAGGUGUGUGGACACUGGACAUAURUCAUGGUGUUAUCGUUCCAGAUAUUAUUGUAACUACCCAAGCGUUUGGCCUCACUGCAGGAAAACGUGCCGCGUUUGUUGAUCACUUGUUUGUUCUCAUUCUGUGGAUCAGUCGCACUAAUAAAAUCAAAUGUAAACCAUA